AUGGCAACUAUUUUUAAAGUCGCUACGAGCGGUAGUGCCACUGCGGCCGUUACGGCAGCCGCGACGGGUGGAACGGAUGUGAUUGAAGCCAGCGACUCGGAGGCCGUCUGUCCAUCACUUUCAUGGAAACAUCGAUUGAUUGGUUGUGGUUGUUGCUUUGGUCUUGGAAUGCUCUUUUCACUGUUAAGCUUUAUUGCCAUUCUGCAAAUGGAUCUUGUCUUCUUCAGUGUCCUCUUCUCACUUGGUAAUCUUCUCGCGAUUGGAGGAACGAUGUUUCUUGCCGGUCCAGUAGCGCAGUUUCAACGUAUGUUCUCUGAAGGACGUUGGAUAGCGACGGUGGUGUAUCUUGUUUCUCUUGUUCUCACACUUCUCGCCGCUUUACUUUUACACAGUGCGGCUUUGGUGUUGUUGUUGUGUUUAGUACAGUUUGGGGCUAUGUUGUGGUAUGUGCUUUCAUAUAUUCCAUUUGCCCGGGAUGCGAUAAAGGCAUGUUUUGGACGUCUCUUCCAUUAG